AGACCGGAAGUCGUCACAACUGGUCUCCGUUAGAAAAAGUUGAAUGUUGCGCGGCGAGCUGGUUGUUGAGGUACGAUAGAAACGCUAUGGAUUAAAACCGGUUUCAUUGAUUAGUGUUUAAGUAUUUAAUAACUAUAACUGGAUUAGUUACUUUCGUAAUAGGCCAGCGGUUCAAAGUGCAUAACUGAAGUCAAACACCGGAAUGAUUCAGUUAGCUAGCUAAUGUUAGCUGGUGUGGCUACAGAAUUCACCUUACAUUACCUUUAGGUUUUAUUUGUUUAAUUGCUGGCAUUUUUCUGGAUUAACUUUAACCACUUUAAAUGGAUGAGCACAAAGAGAAUAUUCACACCGAGGACCUGAACGCGAAGAUGUCGGAUGCCAGAGCAGAUGAUGAUGAGGUGAAGCCUUGCAGCAGGAUAUGUCCCGACGAGGAAGCUGCUCCUCAGGUGUCCCCGUCCCAGUCCAACAGUGACUUCAGUCACCCGGUGUACAAAGAGAUCUCCAUGGCUAACGGACACAUCAACCGCAUGACCAUGGACGAGCUUCGGAUCAAGUUGUCAGAGCUGCACCUCGACACGAGAGGCGUGAAGGAUGUGAUGAAGAAGAGGCUGAAGAGCCAUUACAAGAAGCAGAAGCUGCUGCAGUCUGCCGCCGAGGGAGGGGCCACCGACACCUACUAUGACUACAUCUGCGUGGUGGACUUCGAAGCAACGUGUGAAGAGGACAACCCGUCCGACUUCCACCACGAGAUCAUAGAGUUCCCCAUGGUGCUCAUCAACACGCACACCUUGGAAAUCGUGGACUCGUUUCAGGAAUACGUGAAGCCAGAGUCGAACCCGCAGCUCUCCGACUUCUGUGUGCAGUUAACGGGGAUAACGCAGAAAAUGGUGGACGAAGCGGCCCCGUUUCCGGAUGUCCUCCAGCGGGUCGUCGCUUGGCUUCAGGAGAGGGAGCUCGGGACAAAGUACAAAUACGCCAUCCUCACCGACGGGGCCUGGGACAUGAGCAAGUUCCUCAACAUCCAGUGCCGGAUCAGCCGGAUCCGAUACCCUCAGUUUGCGAAGAAGUGGAUCAACAUCAGGAAAUCAUACGGGAACUUCUACAAGGUCCCGCGCACACAGACCAAGCUGAGCACCAUGUUGGAGAAGUUGGGUCUGCAGUACGAAGGUCGCCCUCACUCCGGUCUGGACGACUCGCGCAACAUCGCCCGGAUCGCUCUGCGCAUGCUGCAGGACGGGUGUCAGCUGCGCGCCAACGAGCGCAUGCACGCCGGCCAGCUGCUCUCCGUCCCCAGCUCGGCCCCUAUGGAAGGAGCCCCCCCGCCACACAACCCCCGCAGCAGAGACUAGACCGCGGGGAGCCGAGGCCGCUCCUACUCACCCCUUGACCCCCGUGAGUCAGAGAGAAAAGUGAAUUUGCGUUUGUUUUGGGGUGUAGGAGCUGUAGUUGGUGAACGGAGUCGACGUUUCCUCUCCGACCACCACGCCGUAUAUUUUUACACCAGAUGUUUAAAAUGAGAGAUCACACCAGUGUGUUGUGGGAGGAUUUUCUGUUGGACCGUCCUCGCUCCGCCUUACUGUGCUGCUUGUUAGUAUUCAAACAAUUGGAAUAUGACGCUAAAUUUAUUUGUCCCAUGAUGUGAAUUCUUUAUUUCACGUUCCGCUUUAAAGAAAUCCAACUCUUUGAAAACCUAGAAUUGUUGUCAUUUUUAUGGCCUCACAAUGUGUGGCCAUAGAUCAUACGAUAAACACAAGGGACUACGUGCACGUAAUAACAGCCAUAAUACCACACCCAGUGAUGAGAAUACACAAGUCCGUUAGUACUGUAAGGCUUCAUGCCGUAGUGUUCCGUCAUCUUUUGUAUUGAUGUUCAAUUAUGUCAUGGACGAUGCUCUAUUUUAACAGGAACAAAUAUUCUUCCAAAUGCCAAAUAUCUCAAAUAAAAUGUUUCUCUGUUCUUGUAAAUCAUCUUUGUGAGUAUCUUGGCCACAGGUGAAUUAAUCUUAAUCCUAAAACGUGUAAAAUAAAGGUUGAAGUUGCAUUGA